AUGGCAUCACUUCCGGAUCACAUUGAAAGUGAUAUAGACUUGUUGCUGCAAUGUCAACUGGGCCUUGCUCUUACUCCGGGAGCGCUGGCCCAAGACAAGCAGAAAUCCCCCCGACACACAUAUAAGCUGAAGAUGACCACGAAGGAUGUGUUCAACCUUAAGACCUUGUUCCCUCGCAAUGAAGAUAAAGAUCUGCUAUGCACUUUUGGAUUUCUGGGGAACGGCUUUGUCAUCUGGCUUUUGGGCUUCCGCAUGAAGAGGAAUCCUUUCACCAUCUACAUCCUCAACUUGGCUGUGGCUGAUAUUGGAGUCCUCAUAUCCAUGGCGAUGUUUUUCGCCGUGGGACAUCUCCUUUCGACAUCCAUCUGCGAGGAGCUCAUCAUAUUCACGUACAGCGCCGGCCAGUUCCUCCUAACCGUCAUCAGCAUUGACAGGUGCAUAUGCGUCCUCUUCCCAUUUUGGCAUCAGCUCCACCGACCGGCUCACUUGUCUGCCACGGCGUGUGCCGUCAUCUGGGUCCUCUCCUUCCUGCUCAGCGCCAUUCACUUCAUACUCCUCCAGACUGGAAACCCGGGGAAAAAGAACCACCUCAUGUUCUUCCAGUUUUUUGUCAAUGUCCUGCUUUGUGUCCCGUUCAUGAUCAUCUCCGCUCUGACCCUCUUCGUCAAGAUGUUUCUAAAGCCACAACAGCGCCGGCGAGGAAGGCUUUUAACGGCCAUCUUUGCUACUCUUCUCUUUUUCAUCGUCUUUGCUUUCCCGCUGAAUGCCAUUUACUUGCUCUCCAGGUUGACCCAAAAUGCUGAUUCCACUACCAUGCGGUAUGGAUUGCUAUGCGCCUCGCUCAACAGCAGUGUGAACCCGCUGAUUUAUUUCCUUGUUGGGAGAAAGAAGAAGAAACAGACGAGAGGGACCAUGAAGGUUAUCCUCCAGAGAUUAUUCGAAGAGGAAUAA